AUGGUGCAAGCAUCUACCCAAGCAGUCUCACACUAUUUAGAUGAAAUUGGCUGGGGAAAGUACCAUUGGUCUAUUUUUUGGCAAUGCAUGCUCGUAAUUUUUAUUUAGUCAAAUUUUAAUGUGCAAUUAAGAAAUCUUUCGAUUGCCUAUUUUGCGGCUAUUUAUGCUAUCGAGCAUGGAGCUAGCAAUACUCAAAGAGGUUUAAUGGAAACAGUAUGCAUUAAAAUAGGGUGGCGAAUUAACUAACACCUGAAGUUGGAGAAAUUCAGUGACCUUGUGGAAGAAGGCAUUCGGUGAUGUGUAUCUGGCCAUUUUUAAUUGGUUUUGUGGAGUGAAUAUUUGAUUUGGCCAGCUGCAGCUCAUUCCAGGUAAAGGUUUUAACCCUUAGGGAAGAUGGAUAGAAGACCCAACAAGGUUUUUCGGACCAAUGGGACUAUUUCCUAGUGUGAUAUCGGGGAGUUGCCCCCUGGGCCACAGGUUUCAAUGGUCGACAGUUCGGCCAGAAAAUCUGAUUUUCCGAAUUUUUUGAAAGGGAGCCCAAGUCAGGUAUAUAACACAGUGGCCCAUCCCAUUACACUCCAGGCACAUGAUUUACACUCCAACUAGCGUGCGAGCCUACUUCUGGGGGAGCAUAUCGUAUAGGUAGGCAGCAGGCAGUCGAGAGAUAAAUACUCUUUAAGAAUCACAGAGAACUUUUUCUAUAAUCCUAACUAAGAUCUAAUGGGAACUCUAUUUCAAUUAGGAUGCUUCAUUGGCUCUUAUUUUUGAGGAUAUCUCUCUGAUCACCAAGGAAGAGCAAAAUCUAUCAAAAAAAUAAGUAUUAUAUUUAUUUUUGUUUAUUUAGUUUGGAUUUUUGCUGACAAUCUUUUUGUUAUUUUAAUUUUAUGCUUUGCUUCUGGAUUUGGAGGAACAGGAGAAAUGGUGAUUAAUCCAGUCCUCUUUAAAGAAUUUUGCCCUACAAAAAAUUUUAAUUUUGUUACAAAAUUGACCUCAGGAUUUUCUAUUGGUGGAAUAUUUUUGGCUCUUUGCGCUAUUUCAAUUGAAAUAAUUGGUAGUAAUUAUUUGUCUGAUUGAAGCUUUAUGGCAGCAAUGGUACUUUUUAGCCAUAUUUUAAUGUCAAUAAUUCGAAUAGGGUUAGAUGAAACCCCUGCUUUCUUAGCAUCAAAGGCAAGAUAUGCACAAGCUGAAGAGCUGCUGGCAAAAAUAGCAAAAACUAAUAAUAAAAGCCCUUUAUCAAUUACUAUUUAUUCUGCAGAAUCCGCUAGUGAGCAGCAAAUCGAAAAAGCGCCUAUUAGAAUUAAAGCUAUUUUUUCAAAAAGGUAUGUAAAAUCAACUAUUUUUUUAUCAGUUAUUUAUUUUAUGACAUUCUUUGGAAGCUUUAGUCUAAACUUAUUCAUGCCUAGGUUCUUAAACUCCCCCUUUAAAUUGGAACAAAAAUUCUGUUCCAAUUUCAAACGGUUUAUUUUUUUUCUGUAUAAAUUCAUAAGAAAAAAAUUUUAUAAAAUUGCUAAAAUAUAAAUUGAACGCGAUAUUUUUUGAAUUUUAAUUUCUUAGAAGGCGGAAGUAAUUUAACGUAAUUCUAUAAUUCUCUAAUAAAAAAAAUUUGGACUCUCUCUUAGAAUGCGGAAGUAAUCUAGCGUAAUUCUCUAAUUCUCUAAUUUAAUUUGUGAAGAAUUAAAUUAAAAUUAAUCAAUUAAGUAAUUAAAGUGUUUAAAUAGUAUUCUAAUUACACGACUUCCAUUAAAUUAGCAAAAAAUAUUCAUAUAAAAAUUAGUAUUUUCCCUCUAAAAAUUCAAUUAAAAAUAAUUUUUUUUUUCAAUUUUUAAAGGGUUUAAUUUACUCAAAAAAAGAAUUUUUCCUAUAUUUUGUUCCAAUUUAAAGGGGGAGUUAGGACAAUUUUCUCUUGCAGUGAGAUAUAUAAUAAUAUUAAUCCAACAAGUAUCAGGUAUCCCAGGCGCGUUUUUAGCAUCAUAUUUAAUAAACACAAAGCUUGGAAGAAAAUAUACACUUAUGCUAUCAAUGUCUAUUACAAGUCUUGCUAUAUAUUUUUUUAUUUUUAUUGAGCACAUUGUUCUUGUAAAAAUUAUAUAGGUGAUACUAGUCAUUAUGAUGUUUGCAUUAGUCAAUCUAGCAAGUUUUGGAUCAUUAUUUACACUUUCUCCUGAAAUUUAUCCAGCUGAAAUAAGAAACUCUGCUAUGGGGUUUUUCUUUACAUGGUCAAGAAUCGGAUCAUCAACAUCACCUUUUAUUGGUGGGAUGAUCUUGGAUUUAGAAAAUGGAAAAGAAAUAGCAUUGGCUUUAUUUGCGUCUGGAUACUUGAUUGCAAGCUUAUGUGCAAUUUUUAUAGAAGAGACACGGCCUCCUCUUAAAAAUGCACUUUUAAUUGAUGAAGUAUAA